UCUCACCUUGCGUGUGGCGCGAGUGAGCUCAAACUAGUAAAUUUUAUAACUUUUCAUAAUAUUUUCUAAAAAUCUUAUCAAGUUUCUUAAUUUUAAUUACUGUUUAAAUAUUGGAGAUAUCGUGUUAAAGUUUAUCUGAAAGUCAUUAAGUUCUAGUCAUUUAGAUGUUAUAAUAAAAUUAUCACGACGACCGUAAAAGAGUUGAUUACUUUAAUUUAAAAUUAAUUCAAAGUUUUAAUAUUUUAAUUGAUAAAAUGUCCAUUAUUAAACAGAGUAAAGUUGAGUACGACAUAUUUCUCGUACUACUUAUUCCCAUACUUAUCUUGAUAACCAAGUUUAUUCCAAAAUUGUCGACUUGGAUCUCUACCAGAUUUUAUAGAUUAACGUCCAAAGAGGCAGAUCAGGUGCGAGAAAUCAUACAAAUCAGGAAAGAGAUGGGGGCUAUGUCGAUGGUGGACGAAUUUGCAAAAUAUGCAAAACUACAGAGAAAGUUAAACCAACUUACACUCGAUUUGGAAUCUAGUGGUGACUGUAGAAAAUCCAUCCAAACCAAAAUAUACAGGUGGACGAUGGGAAUUUUGUCAGGGCUUGUCGCCAUUAUUUACUUAUCAUUAUUGGGCUUUGUCGGAACAUCUACGCCCGUUUUUGUUGUCCCCAAAACUUGGUAUUUUCCAAUCCAGUCAAUUUUAGCUUAUCCGUCUGAAGUCGAAGGAGCUAUCAGUAUUCCAAUAUGGACUCUUUUAACAAGAAACGUAAUUUCUGUGCUUGUUAAAAUGUGAAAGUAUGUCAGUCGAUUUUGAAAAUUUGUGUCCAUCAGUUUUAUAAUUGGAACUUACUUUGUACUACAUAUGUACAAUAAUAAGUCUGCCUUGUCUAAAUUGCCGUGAUAGUGUAAGACAUCGAAUUAAAAUGUAAACUUUGAUGUUGAGUCGCUUCAAUUAAUUAAUUUGUUGCUGUUAACACUUGAUUUAAUUGUUACUUCCAAUUCGUAUAUAUGUAUUCGUUAAUUCGCACACACAAAUUAAGUAACUCACUGUACAAAAUUUGUACUACAAUUUGUAGUCUACAAAUAUGGUUGAACAUCAUGUUUAAGAAAAUAAACUGUAUGAUUCCGUAAUAUAA